UAAGCCGCACAUGUGUCAAAGUCUUGCCCCGACACUUGAGAUCUGCAUCCUAUAUGUAGUGACCACUUAUUCUCUGCGACUGUGGUUGCCAUUGCCAAUAGUGCAUGUGGAUGUAUAUGCUUGGCACCUGAGCUAGCUCUUGGUCUACUGCUCAACUGCAUGAAGUUUGCUUCGGUGUGGCAAUGGCGCCAUCAGCUCUAGUUCAGGAAAAACCACAACCUGUGAAGCACUUGAGGAACCAGCUUGCUGCAGCCGUGAGGAGCAUCAACUGGAGUUAUGCCAUCUUUUGGUCAAUUUCAAGCAGCCACCAAGGAGUGCUGACAUGGAAGGACGGGUUCUACAACGGCGAGGUCAAGACGAGGAAGAUAAGCAACUCGAUGGAGCUGACGGCCGACCAGCUCGUCCUGCAGAGAAGCGAGCAGCUGCGGGAGCUCUACGAGUCCCUCUUGUCCGGCAAGUGCGACCACCGCGCGGCGCGGCCUGAAGCCUUUCUGUCGCCGGAGGACCUCGGGGACACCGAGUGGUACUACGUGGUCUGCAUGACCUACGCCUUCCGGCCUGGUCAAGGGUUGCCGGGCAAAAGCUUUGCGAGCAACGAACAUGUCUGGCUGUGCAACGCUCAUCUCGCGGAUGGCAAAACCUUCCCCCGCGCCCUCCUGGUAAAGAGCGCGUCCAUUCAGACAAUCGUCUGCAUCCCUCUCAUGAGUGGUGUGCUUGAGCUUGGAACCACUGCUUCGGUCCCAGAGGACCCAGACUUGGUAAACCGAACCACCACAUCUUUCAACGAACUGCAGUUUCCGGCAUGCACGGUGGACCCUUCAGAAAACCAAACCGUAGAUGCCAACAAUGUUAUCGUACUGCCCGAUGACUUGGAUCAAAAUGCCAUGGAAACAAUCAUAGCUGAGGGACGCGAGCUAGGUGAAGUCGAUUGCCUGUACAGUGCCAACAAUCUCGAGCAGAUCGCAAUGGAGAUCGAUGACUUCUCUAGCAUCUGGGACGAACUGGACAUGCAGCCUCUUGAGGAUAGUUGGAUCAUGGACGGCUCUUCUCUGGUGGCGGCGGCGGCGGCGGAGGCUACGCCUGGUGAUAGCUCUCGCGUGACGAGUUUUAUGGCUUGGACAAGAUCGGACUCCGAUGAACUGGCCGUGGCGGUCAUCGGAGAGCCACAGAAGUUGCUGAAGAAAGUGGUAGCCGGCGGAGCUUGGACGAACAAUGGUGGUGAACGCACCGCCAAGACAACCCAGGAAAGUGGCAUCAAGAACCAUGUCAUGUCAGAGAGAAGGCGUCGAGAAAAGAUGAACGAGAUGUUCCUGAUUCUCAAGUCAUUGGUUCCGUCCAUCCACAAGGUGGACAAAGUAUCCAUCCUUGAAGAAACAAUAGCGUACCUCAAAGAACUUGAGCAAAGGGUGCAAGAGCUGGAAUCCAGGAGGGAACCCAUCUCACACCCAGGCGAAACAACAAGGCUAAGGCGCCAUGACAAUGAGAUCACUGUGAAGAGAGUCUCUGCCAGAGCCAAGACGAAGAAGGCCUUGGAGCUCAGCGGUACUGACAUGGAGAGGGAGCACCACUGGGUCCUAUCCAAGGACGGCACGAGCAACGUUAACGUCACCGUCAUCGGCAUGGAAGUGCUGCUGGAGGUGCACUGCCGGUGGAAGGAGCUGCUGAUGACGCGAUUCUUCGACGCCUUCAAGGGCCUCCAUCUUGACGUUCUCUCGGUGCAGGCGUCGACAACGAAUGGUCUCUUGGGACUGAAGAUACAAGCUCAGUUUGCCAGUUCUACCGGCUUUGCGCCUGGGAUGAUCAGGGAAGCUCUUCAAAAAGCUAUAAGCACCUCUUAACGAAAUGUGCGCAAUGAUCCUUUUGCGUGCUCUUGUAACGCAAGUCUUUAAGGGACGGUUGAAAUAUUGAUUAUAUUGUAAUUGUCGAUAUAAGUUUAAUGGAUAUAUUUGCA